GUCAGGGCCGUUCAAUUCAUGUUAGCGAAUUUUUAACCGAUAUUUGUGGUCGACUUAUGCUUCCUGAUGAAAUACAACUAUUGGAUGAGCUUCCUAGAGAAGCCUGUGUCAUUACAUACCCCGGCAAAAAUGGAGAUGGAUGGUGGAAGUCUGAGGACUUGAUUAACCAGAUAAUCAACCACGCUAUUCCCAUAUUCAAAGCAUGUUUUCUAGGAUACCAAGUCUUGUUUACAUUUGACAAUGCAACAAGCCAUGCUAUUUUUUCACCUGAUGCACUUGUCGCCAACUAUGUGAACCUUGGUCCUGCUAGAAAACAAGAGAAACUACGUAGCACAUCAUAUUUUCGUGAGGAAAUAAGAUAUGACCAGGAUAUGAUUUUUUCAUCAGACUAUCGUAUUCCUGAGUUAUAUAGAGAAGCUAAAAGAUUAAGAGAAGUUCUAAGAGAGAGAGGAUUGUGGCCAGAAAAAGGAUUAAAAUUAAAAGAAGCACGAGAAUUAAUAAGUCAACAACUAGACUUUUUGGCACAAUAA